AAGCAAUUGGCGCUCUCAGCCUUGUUGGAUUUUCUAUACCUUUUGUCUUUGGGCACAGAAAUGUGUGGUAUUUGAUCACCCAUAUAUGCACAGUGACUUGGAAAGAUUACCUAUGGUCUUUUGGAUUUCUAUUGAUCCUAACCACCAACUCAAAUUGAAUUAACGAAAUUCUCCGAUUACGUGUGAAAACUCAACAUAAUUGGAUUUUCGUCGUCUUUUUGACUAUUAUUCUGUAAGAAAAUCAUAGUUUUCAUUAGAAGUGGACUCCGUGCGUAACAGACAGACAGACAGAUAUGCAUAUUCAUGUAAGCAAACCAUUCCUCAGAAUUAUGUUUAUCGCUGCCGUUUCAACGAAGUAAUCUUGCUAUGCGGGCAAAGUGAUAUCCCAAUAGUCUCUGCGUUAUCUCGAGCCUUGUUCGGAUUAGAACUUUUACACACACACACACACACUACAAUUUGUAAAAUCAGGGGAAGAAAUAAGUCACGUAACGGAUAUUUGUUAUUGAUAUGCAGCGCGCGUACACGCAACACAAACAAAGAGACGAAACGAGACGAGACAAGACAAGAAGACACUGGGAACCAACAAUGAUCGCACUGAAGACGUCGGGUACCUGUUGGUUAGAUCGAAGUGCUUGCAGAAAGUAAACAAACAUUGUUAAAUGUGCAUAAAUUAUGGAAAAUCUGGAAAAUACGUGCCCUGAUGAUAGGACGUAUUGAAAAUGGACACAAAGCAAAACGCAACACCAAGCACCUAACUGCCGCUCCUGCAUGUAUGUUUAUUGGUUUUAGGAUGUACUUGCAUAAACGUGUUGAGCAUUAGCCUGCCUAUCUAUCCGGAAUGCAGUGUGUGCGUUGUUUGUGUUCUCUUCGAGCACAUGCAGGUAAUUCUUUGAGAGCCAGAAGGAAAACGUCAUGGGGAUGAUAUAUUCCUCCUGGUCUCGAAGAACGUUUCUCGCUUGCGAGCGAUUUGAUUGGUCGCACAAUCGGCAGUAUGGCAUUGGUGACGAUCCAGUGACGUCGUGACGUCGUUAUUGCCAGCACUAGUGUCUUUCAUUGAUUAUUGUCUUCUCUUGUACGUUCGUAGCUCGGAACCCAGUGGCAGUUAGAGUUUGAAUACGUCGAAGUCGUUAGUUGCGAAUGAACAUCUAGCCGGAAAGGUCUCGAUCGGAAAUACAUACUUUUAUUUUGGUUCGGACGCGUUGACUAAACAAAGCCAAGUUAAAUGCUGUGACUUGCUACCAAAAUACACCACCACACAAUCUACCAACACUUGAAUACAAAUAGCCAGUGAACGUUACAAUCGAACCAAAAUUGUUUUGCGCGAACUUGAAAAAUAACAAUGACCCAAAGAUUUGAUUUGGUGUCAGGUGUGUAUACACCCUGUUCGAUGGAAUCCAUUAACGCCUCGACUCUAUAACGAUCCUCAGCAGACGUCGACGAAUACCUAUUUUUGCGUAAACGCUGUUACUAAAGUAUCGAUUUGGUGGGUGCCACAUUCAGCAACGCUUGUCCAAGCUCAUUACUAAGGCAAAUCACAUACUGUUUUGAAUAAAAUCGUCAGUUGCUAUCGCAAAGCCAGCGACACAAGCCACCAUUAGAGGAGGAAGCCAUUCUACCUAAGCACUCAUACCACUGGAUACGAGCAGCAAUGUCGUCAUUUUACUGACAAACCCACCUGAAGUGCUAGAUAAAGUUUUUAAUUCGAUUUCCAAGCAACGGCCCUCGGACUCGGGCCAAGAAGAAUCGCGCGACAAUCAUGAGAAACAAAGGCAGUCGUUCAUCCGUAAUGAAGCCAAUAGUUAUAUUAUUUGCCGUGAUAAUAGUUUGUGAAGUAGAUAUCGGCAGUGCAAAAAGUGUCGGAACGAACAGUGCCGGAUAUGAGAAGAACAUUCAGUUGGUGGCCAAUGCGAUGCAGUUCGCAGAAGUGAAUCUCAACCAAACUGUAAAUGUUGUUUGCCCCUUUGAACAACGUCGGUGGUAUUAUAACGAAACGCCCGUUGCAUAUGCCGAUCGAAAUCUGAGUUUUGAGAUGCUAGCCGCAGAACAACGAGGUGUCUACGGCUGCCUCACUGCACAAAAAGAAAAUAUAGACCGAGUUUGGGCGAACGUAACCAUAAUUGUUUGUGCGAUUUCCUGUAAACAUGACAACACAUCCAACGUCGACAGCAAAGCGAAUAUUAAUGCCGAAAGCAUUCGGCACCUCAACGGCUAUCCGAAAUUUGAGAAUAAUAAGUUUUCCAGCGACGUCACCAAGCAAAGUGGAGACUACGUUACGUUCAGUUGCGUUCCACUAGCACCGUCGUCGGUGAACUUAACGUGGUUGGUGAACAACAGUCCGAUUGAUGUUGACAAAUCGAAAGCGGCUUUCAAAAAAUGGACACUUUCGAUAUCGAAUCUCGAUAUCUCGGAUUCGGGGACAUAUACAUGCCAACUCUGCAACAAUAUCGGAUGUGUGUACCGUUCAACGCUUUUACGUGUUGUUAAGGAAGAUGCUGUGCGUCCUAAAAUUGUCGUCAAUGGUCUGAAGAAUCAGUCAGUUCAUAUGGAUGAAAACGUUACAUUCGAAUGUCAUGUGGAGACAGUUGUCGAGACCCAAAUCACUUGGCUGAAGCAUGACACACCAAUAAACGAAACACUAAAACCACUGGAUGUGUUAAAAGAUCCGAAUAUGAGAAGAAUGGUGACGCAAUUUGACACACCACACCUUCUGCGCCUUGGAAGUGUUCAAGAAGAGGACGAAGGUUGGUACACCUGCGUUGCCACGAAUUCUUUCGAUGGUGCAAUGGCAAGUGCCUACUUAUGCAUGAUUACGACUACAAAAGAUGAGGCCGAGAAUAAGGACGGCUCCGGAGAAAUGACGCCGAUACUGAAUUCCCUGAAUUUGGAACAGGCCGAUACUGAUGAGUCUUCAGAUCACGAACUCGAACCCGACAACAGAACACCCGCAGACGAGUCUAAGCAAAGUCCUCCAGAAUUCAAAAACGUAAAGAAGCUGAUCCAACGGCUUCACAAGCCAGCCGGUAGUUCUGUGCAACUGCUGUGCCCAGCUACUGGCAAUCCGACCCCAAAUAUAACAUGGACACUCAAUGAUACGGCCAUAGAACGGCACAUGGGGAAAGUCACAUACAAAAAGUGGUCUAUGCAAAUGGAUGAUGCCAUAACUAAGGAUUCGGGCGUGUACAAGUGUAGGAUCUGCAAUGUGCACGGGUGCAUAGAGCACUCGACAAAGAUAACUAUAAUUGAUCGGCUGCGCUCCUCGCCGAUAAUAAGCGACAAAUUUCCGCAAAAUCAAACUGCGCUCGUCUAUAGCAGCACAACGCUGGAAUGCAGAGUCGUAUCCGACCUGGAGCCAUUCAUUUACUGGCUGAAGUAUGUCAAGAAAAACGAGUCUAUUGAGUAUCUGGAGAAGAUAGCGCAAAAUUUCGACGUCCACCAGAGCACGAACAAAACAAACGACAUAAUAGUACUGAAUCUGGGGCAGGACAAGUCGAACAUUCUAAAUUUUUCUAGAGUUACACACGACGACGAGGGUUGGUAUUCCUGUGUAGCAGCCACCUCGUUGGGGCUGACUGUGGCGAGUGCGUACCUUAAAGUCGUUGAUAAACUCCCACUGAGGGACGGGUUGCAGCGCAGUCAUCCCGCAUGGAUUACAACAGUGGGGGCGGUUGUCGUCUUGCUUUUCCUGCUCGGAACGGUUUUCAUCAUCUACGUGCUGCGCAACUUGAAGCAGGAAAAACUUCUGAAGCAACGAAUCGAAACCGUUCACCAGUGGACGAAGAAGGUGAUCAUUUACAAGCCACCGCCAUCGGAUGGGAGCACAUGCGACCUACAAAUGCCCGUUAUAAAAAUUGAGAAACAGCGCACAACCUUUACAACUUCCACGAAUUCCGAUCCCAACCAAGGCUUCAACGAAUAUGAGUUUCCCCUGGAUUCAAAUUGGGAAAUACCGCGCAGUCAGUUGUCCCUGGGAUCAACACUUGGGGAGGGUGCGUUUGGUCGGGUCGUUAUGGCGCAAGCCAGUGGACUCACCCGGGCUCCUGCCAAUAAUAACGUCAGCACAAUUGUGGCCGUGAAAAUGGUAAAAGAGGAACACACUGAUGCCGACAUGGCAAGUUUGGUGCGCGAAAUGGAAGUCAUGAAGAUGAUCGGGAAGCACAUCAACAUUAUAAACCUGCUGGGUUGCUGCAGUCAAAAUGGGCCUCUGUGGGUCAUAGUGGAAUUCGCACCUCAUGGCAAUCUUAAAGACUUCCUCAAGAAGAACCGGCCGAACACGGUAUGGGGCAGUUGCAGUUUAAAAGAAAGAGAUAGUGAUUACUUGGAGGAAACGCCGGUGCUAACGGAAAAGCAGCUGACGUCGUUCGCAUUCCAAAUAGCACGUGGCAUGGAAUAUCUAGCCUCAAGACGAUGUAUUCACCGCGAUUUGGCGGCGCGAAAUGUUUUGGUCAGCGAUGACUACGUCAUGAAAAUAGCCGACUUUGGUCUUGCUCGGGAUAUUCAAGAUACAGACUACUACCGGAAAAACACCAAUGGUAGGCUGCCCAUAAAGUGGAUGGCUCCUGAAUCACUUCAGGAAAAGUUUUACGACUCCCAAUCUGACGUCUGGUCUUACGGCGUACUCUUGUGGGAAAUUCUAACGUAUGGCGAACAACCAUACCCAAACAUCAUGUCAGCGGAGGAGUUAUAUAGCUAUUUGAUAACCGGCCAACGCAUGGAGAAGCCGCCACGCUGCUCCCUCAAUAUUUACAUGUUGAUGAGACAGUGUUGGCAUUUCGACUCGAAUGCCAGACCCACAUUCUCGGAAAUUGUCGAGAAUCUGGACAAAAUCCUUCAACUGUCGAGCACAAUGCCGCAUGAGGAAUAUUUGGAUCUAUCGAUGCCCAUGCUCGAGACCCCCCCUUCUUCUAGCGAUGAAGAGUCCGAGAGUGAGACAUUCCUGGAAUCGCCGUCUGCCCGAUAUCAAUACACAUAUAAAUUCAAAUGAACCAAUCGUGACGCACUUUUCUUAAUGACGCUAACAUAAAACAGUGAAAAGACCUACGCCUCCAUGUGUAUCGAAAAUAUGGAACUUCUUCAUGUCAAGAACGACAAUAGGGCGGUCGAUUAUUCAGAUUGCAUCAGGGCCGUAUGUCCGACAGAGGCAACACACAUAGUUGGCGGAUGUUGAUGUUACCAAAAAUGACGCUUUAAUGUCCACAAUUCAACGCAUUGUAUAUUAGAAUACUCACUACAUUAUAUAGCAUUACCGAUAAGACUUUCUAGACACGACAAGGCUAUUUUUCUACUUUACGAUUCUAUUAAUAAGAUAUAUUGAUUGUUAAUUUAUUUUAAGGUGCCAUGAAAACAAAUCUCGAUCAAGCAAGUAGUACACGUCUUGCUGGCAAUAACUUUUCUGGGAUGUACUCGUAUGUGUCAUUACGCAGACAUUCACACAUUUACUGAACUACUUGCAAAUAAAUUAUUUUAAUAUUAAGGUACAAAGUGUAAAAGGAAUAAAACGGAAGCUUUAAACGAAUUAUACGCGAGACAUCUAAAAUAAUCACUUCGAUUGUAAAUAUCGAAUAUUCAAAUGUAUAUUGUAGACGACGGAAAUGGGUCCAGCCUCUUUCAUUUCGCCACUGAGAGUGCAACGCUAUUUUAACGUAGAUUAAUAACUUUGAAUAAAUAAACUUUUAAAAUGAAUUAUAGACAUAAAUCAGUGCUUAUUGAAAGCGUAAUAUAUAACCUCGGCCAAAGGGUGUCAACGACUUGAACGAAUUGUAAACAUUACAGCGCUACCUAGAAUUCGACAUAGUGCACACAAAUAUUUAACUUCCCCACAAUGAUAACAUUUUUUGUACGCCCAUAUUGCCCAAAUACGCCAGGUCCAUAUCUUAGAAUCUACCAAAUAAAAGAGGUUGGAAAAAUUGAUGCCUUUUCUAAUUCACCCAGUUGUAAUAUUUUCCAAUUACAAACAUUCUUUUCCAUGUUCAAAACACAAGGAAACAUUGUUCAAUUGUCAAUGUUGAAAAUCCCCGCUGCGAGCAAAGAACCAAGUGUGUCUUAUGUUACCACUUUAUUUCUCCAGACAUUUGUACUAGUUCAGAUGUCAACAAUUUGCGAGUAGAGUUUGGUUAGGGACACUGAUUCUAGUGUAUUUCUAAUGACAGUGUCAACAGUUUGUUUUGUCAUUGUCAGUAAAAUCUAUUUAAAAUAUAAUAAAAAUGUGUAUAUAAGAUUUUUAUGUCACUUGCGAUCUACAGAUCGCAUCAAAACAAAUCGUUUUUUUGGAAAUUAAUUCGUUUUGUGUGUGUUUUUUUUUUGUUAAAAAGUUGAUUAUUCUUUAAAUAUAUAAACAAAAUGAAUAGAAGGAAUUAUAAAAGACUUAAAAAAUAUAUUGUAUAAAAACAGAAGUUUGCAGUGCAGACGGUGGAGGUUUUGUGAAUGAUUUCGUGGAAAAUUAACAUUGCGGAAGAAGGUCUAGACGUCCCGCUCAGAAAUAUGUUAACGAGAAAUGUCGACCCGUGGAAUUUAUUUCCAUAGAACAGAACUACGAAAAGUUGGACUGGAUUUUGGAAAAGUAUGAGGUAAUCGAACUAGAUAUAAAUAUCGAUGGAAUUCCACUGUUCAAAAACUCUCGGGUGCAAUUGUGGCUAAUUCUUUGCAGAAUCGUCAACAUUCUGGAGAAAACAAAACCGUUUGUUGUUGGAUUAAAUUUAAUUAAAUAUAGUUUGCAGAUUGAACUGUGCCUUAUUUUAUUUUUGUUAAAUAAUACAUGUAUUAAAAAUGUAACGUUUUAAAAUACUUACUCUA